AACCACUUACUGUCUCCAACAACAUGUCAACUUUGUUCGAUCAAGAUACGAAGGACUGCUUCUUCAAUCAAGAGUGUCCUGAGCUGACGGGUAGUGAAUCUUCGGAGAGCCCCACUGCCUCUUCGUUCACCAGCGGGGGCUCCUGCACGGCUCCUUCUCCGUCUAGGGAUACAAAAGACCUGACCUUGAGUGAGAGUAGAGUUGCCAUGUACUCACCUGUAUCCUAUAUGUCACCUUUGUCGAGCUUCGGUGACAAUUACCUCAACACGGAGUCUUCCUGGUCCGAGCAGCAAAUCAUCUCAACCUUUGAUACGUCGACACAGUACAACCAUGGCAUCUGGUCGUGCUCACAAGACUUCCCAACCCAGCUGCUCGCUGGUGUCACUGAGCGCACUCCGAGCAUGCCCAUCCAGUCUCACUUGGAUGGACUGUUUCCUCACCCGACUUUUCAGGAGAUGCCCCCGAUGUCCAUCUCCCAGCCAUCUUUGGAGCACAACAUCGCUACAGGUUUUAUCGAUUACGGAGCAGAUGGACUGGUUGCGCCUGGGCACCUCUUCAACACCGCACUGGACCGAUACGCUUUCGCGGGUCCAAAUCCCGUGCUGUUCUCUGCACAGCCCAUGGUUGGAGGCGCUCUUCCUCUCGCAUCUUCCGUUAACAGCAGCGACGCUGAGAUGUCGUCCGUGUCGGCCGGACAAGGAGAUAGAGACACUCCCGAUACAGUGCGUAAUAACAGAGACGAGUACCUCCAAGAGGCACGCCGACGUGGUCUGUCCUACAAAGAGAUCAAGCGCCGUGGAGGCUUCACCGAAGCAGAGUCGACUCUGCGUGGCCGUGUCCGCAUCCUCUCCAAACCUAAGGAAAUGCGUGUGAGGAAGCCACACUGGAACCGCUCGGACGUCAUGCUCCUCGUUGAAGCCGUCGAGCAUUUUGCCGAAACGUCGCAGGGACCUUCCUCUCGUAAGGCCAACAUGCGUCAGAAAGCCAACACGAGCAAGUUGCCUUGGAAGAAGGUCGCUGAGUGGAUGCUCUCUCAUGGUGCAUCAUACCCCUUUGCCGGUGCAACAUGUGCCAAGAAGUGGGAGCAGAUUCGUGAGAUGUCCUUCUAGGCCAUCGAGAGCGUCUUCAAGAGUGGUCAGAAGAUGACAGACUCUCCUUAACGAACCAGUCGCAAGACUUUCCUUUUCCUGCAUGUUAGGAAUAGAGUUGCGUUCAUUCCUCGUUGGCCCUGAGCGAAGCGGCAGUCGGUCACAGCGUCGGCAGGCUUCCUGGUAAAAAAGGAUUGGUCAUGCACUCGUUACCUGUAUCUCGUAAAUCAGAUAGUGGCUCACAGCCUUGAGAAAUGCGCAUCUUUUC